CUCCCAGUUUCAUUAUCAGCUGACGACUUGCUACACCAGUUUUCGAGCAUUUUCCCACGCAUUCACGCUGCACAUUACCCAACGACCAACUAAAAAUGGAGGAACAGCACACGGGGUUAUCGGAAUACGCUAGAGUGUUGCGGUCCCUAUCAGUCAGCUCCAAUGCAUCGUACCAGCAUCUUUCUCAAAUAAGUGCCGAAACCUCCGAGCCAGGUGUUGGAAGCCCAACACGGCAAGACAAUGACUCCGGCUUCCAGUCCCUCUCUCCGAGUCAGAAGAGUCCAGGGAGGUUCGAGAAUGGAAUCUUACUGCGGCGGCCGUCUGACGCGCAAUCGGUUGGCGAUGAUAGUGGUUUAGGAUCGCCGCUCGAGCGCCGUCCAUCGUUCGCAGUAUCACGACGGCCGUCUGCAGUCUCGUCAAUUUUGCCGACCUGGGAGCGGUCAUCGCGCCCAGCAUCUAUUGCCUCUCGCCGACCAUCUACGCUUUCCCUUACCAUGGACGAUAUGCUCAAAGAGCUGGAAACGUUGAGUUCCAAUGUUGCACCGGACUUGGCAAUGAACGGCAACAUAGCCCCCGCAAAAGUCGUGUCCCCAGACAUGGAUCCAUCCGCGCAGCAUCUUCCCGCCCUAUCAAUAAAUCGCCAACCUUCGGCAUCCGAUACCCUACCUUCCCAGUCUCCUCCAUCUCUCGUAUCAGCGCCGAUGUCAUCCGGUGCACCGCUCUCCUCGUCGUCCUCGCUGAAUAAAAUCCCGACAGGCCGCACUUCCUACGUAUCUCUGCAAACACCAAGCAUGUUCUCCGUCUCAUGGAAGCGAAGAUAUUUAGUCCUGGAACGAUCGUCACUCUACCUGUUCCGCAGCGAGACGGCCACGCAAAAGGAGCUCAAAGACAUGAUGAAACUUACGAGCAAGUCAUCCGUGCGAGUUUCAGAGCACGGGCUGUGGGUGUUGGAGAUCUUCGGGAGUGCAUCUAUGCUAUCGGACGCGAUGGCUUCACCACAGUCUCCGGGGACCGCGAAGACGAUCAAAUGCUGGGUUGUCAAAUGCGAAGACAAGGACGAUAUGCUGGGGUGGCUCGGCGCUAUUCGCGCGAUUAUCGCAGAAUGCCCUACGAAGGUUCUCUGAGAACUCCAUUAUGAUGUACAUACAUACUUUUGGCACACGGUAGCAAGCAUCCCGGCAGGCUUCUAACUCUUCGCCUUCACUUCAACAACCCUAUUAAUGGAAGUUUCGACAUGAAGGGAUUGGGCAGCCGUUUCACCAUGGAUUUCUGGAGAUGCAAAUUCUGGAAGGACAACCCUUGCUUCUGGGGAAGCACUUCGGAUUUCUGCGCUCAGCUUUACUUUAGCAAUCGCAUGAAGGGCGACGUCACACUAUUUAGGAACCUCUCGCACUCCAGACAUAUAUUUCCCCCUUGUCGCUCUGCUUCUCUUUGGUUGUGAACAGACCACCAUACAG